AUGUCCGACUUUCUUUCGCGUGAGAAUGAGCUCCUUGGGGGUAGCUUUUCACCGCCUGCUGGUGUCUCUUCCACAGGCGGCGUUGGCGACAUAGACUUGGAUGCAGCUGCUUCUGCGUUCCCCGAUAUCUCGCUCGACGGGUCGGGUGACAUCCCCAUCACCGCACCUACCCACGGAAGCAUACAACCGACGUCUAAUGGACUGGACUUUGGUGAUUUUGAGACGCCCGCUCCUGUAAGGGAAGUUAAGGUGACGGGCGAUGACGAGAUUGAACGCUUUGAAGACCAGUUUCCUGAUAUUGUAAAUAGAUACUAUGAGCUCAGCUGCCAUUGCAAACAGCCAGCGGCUUCGCCUAUUCCUCAGCAACCUACGUUUGGUGCACCGCCUCCGUUUGCUCCGCGUCCUCAGCCAUCAGCACUUGCGUCAACGCCAAUCCUUCAGCAGAAUCUACAAGAUGAAGACGAGCCCGAGGUAAUUAGAGCAUGGCGAGAAAAGCAAGCCGAAGAGAUCAAAAAACGCGACGAAGCAUCUCAAGCACGACGUCAGGAGACAAUUGCGAAAGCUGAGCGAUCCAUCGACCAGUUUUACGAGGAGUAUAACGCGAAAAAGGAGCGCAACAUCAAAGAAAAUAAGGUGCAAGAACAAGAGUACCUUGCAUCGUUCGCGGAUUCGCUUACUGCGGGCACAACCUGGUCGCGGAUUUGCGAAUAUAUCGACCUGCAAAACUCACAGAGCAAGACACUUGCGCGAACCGGACCCGGUACGACGGACUUGACACGGUUCAAAGAGGUGCUGUUGAGACUGAAGAGGGAGGGAGAUGCUGCGCCUGGUGCUGCUGGCUACUGA